CAUCAGUUCGAGUCUGACAGGGGGAGGGGCUUCUAGCAGGAGGUCACAACAAUCAUGGCGUGCAGAGGAUUUAUCACAAAAUGGGGCAAAACAGAGUUCUAUAGAUCGCCAAUUACCUUUUCCAGAUGCUCAAGGCUCAACCCAUACCAGCAACAGAGGAGUGGGUUCCGCCGGGAAGCUAAAAGGACGGAUACCAAAAAGGGAAAUGUCAACCAGCAACAAACCAAAACGUCAACCCCCGAGGCUGGCCCACCGGGACCCCCACCUCCUCGCAAAGUCAAACAGCCAAGGCUCUUUAGACCACUGAUGUUCACAGUAGGGUUUGCAGGUUGUUCCUUUGGUGGGGCGGCCAUUUUGCAGUAUGAGACUCUGAAAGCAAGAGUUCAAACUGCAAAAGAUGGAGAGGAGUUAGAAAAACUCGUAAUGGUAAGGAUUUUACAAAACUGUUUUACUCUGUCUACAUCACUUUCAACUUUUGCUAACUGUUCAGUUAACAAUCAGCUUGAGUCAGUUCCCCAUCAUUUUGUUAACGAGGGUUCCCAGGACAUGGCGUACUGGCACGACUGGUGGAACCAACUGUCCAGCUUCCAGCGGCAGCUCCUCCUCCUGGUGUCCAUGGUAGAUGACUUCUGGAGAAGCCUUACAGAGGGACAGAGGACCGCUACUGGAAUUAUGGCUAUAAACGCUGCAGUUCUGUGUUGCUGGAGGAUCCCGGCGAUGCAAAGAACUAUGAUUAAGUACUUCACAUCCAACCCAGCCUCCAAAACACAGUGCCUUCCCAUGAUUCUGUCUUCCUUCAGCCACUACUCCAUUAUCCACAUGGUGGCCAAUAUGUAUGUCCUAUGGACGUUUUCCUCCGGUAUCGUCUCCCUCCUAGGCAAAGAACAGUUUCUUGCAGUCUACCUCUCAGCUGGCGUGAUAUCUACUAUGGUCAGUUAUGCUUGUAAAACCGCCACCGGGCGAUUCUACCCAUCACUUGGGGCGUCAGGUGCUGUCAUGGCUGUACUCGCUGCAGUCUGUACGAAAGUACCAGAGGCCAAGCUCGGCAUUAUCUUCCUUCCUAUGGUCACUUUCACUGCCGGAAACGCUCUCAAAGCACUGGUGGCCAUAGAUACGGCGGGGCUCAUCUUGGGAUGGCGGCUGUUUGAUCAUGCUGCUCACCUUGGCGGAGCUCUCUUUGGAGUCUGGUAUGUGGCGUAUGGUCACAAACUAAUUUGGAGAAGGAGGGAGCCUCUUGUGAAGCUGUGGCAUGAGCUUCGCUCUAAGGGUGGCAAGGGCUCGAGGCCCGGCGGUGGGCCUGAGGUCAGAGGUGGCGGUGGAGGACAGAAGUAGCCCUACCUAAAGAUCCCUGGAGUUCUCUACCAACAGGAAUUCUCUGGUCAUGGAAAAGAUCUGGAUGUUUUCAAUUUGUUGAAGUGGGUUGUUAUUUUUCAUGAAUAAAUAUUAAAAUAUGCAAACAUUUAAUCUGCUCAGUUUCAACAGUGAGUUAAAGUUUGUUUUAAUGGGGCCAUAUUGGCAUUUUAGGUGCUUCCUUCCUAAAGCAUGGGUACCACAGUUUGUUUCAUUCUAAUGCUUUGAUAUAAGUUUUAAAAAGCUCAUUGCUGGGUUUAAAAAAAGAACAUAGAAAAGUGUCAUCUCUGAUGCACAGGACUUUUUUAUUGUUUGGAUUUGUUUAUGAACUACCAACCAUAGUUCUGCCCAGUCCUGUGAAACAAAUGUGAUUUAUAUUUGUUUGCACAGAUGAACGUUUUGGAUCGGUUCUGCCAUCUUUAUUAUUAGAGGCCAUAUUCGUUCUGUGUUGUUUUAAUUAUGCUGCCAACAACCAUCUUGUGGACAGAGAACAAAAAUAACGUUUGAUUUUGGGUAAUCAAACUGCUGUUGUACUGCAAGAUUUAACUUGACUUUUUGCUACAUUGUGCAUACUGUCUUAGUGUCAUUUGUCAGAAGUGGUAUUUGCCCAGUUUUAAGACUAAGUCAGAACAACAUAUAUGUUGCAAUGUUUUGACAAGUGAAAUCUUAGAAUCUGAAAAGGAUGGACUUUCUUUUUACCAUCACUGAAUGCAGACAUUUUAACAUAAAAUGAUGUCCAAGUUAUAACAACCAA